CCCUGUGCGAAAGAAGGUGGAAAGGAAAUGCUUGAGCUGUAGAGUCAGAUCAGACUCUCUGAGCCAGCGGGGUUGAGGGAGGGAAGUAUUUUACUACAAUUGAAUUCCAGGGUCUCUCUCAACCCGUUUCCUGACUUCUCGCCCCGUAGGUUAAUUCCUAGACUCUCCAUGGCAGGGGGAAGGGAGCAGAGAGUUGACCAUGCCUGAAAUAAACCGGUUAGUGGCAGGGUAAGAUUGGAUUUUGUUUUUAUCUUUGCAGCGGAGAAGAUCUGGGCUUUGCCGUGCAGCUGAAACCCCUUCUCUCUUUCUGUUUCACUUUGGAUGCUGUCAUCCCCGUUCGUCCCACCAACUGGCAACCUGAGAAAAUAAUGUUAGAUUCACCUGCCUGGCUAACCUGAAGGCACUCGUUGUUUGGCUGCCCCUUGUGUUUCUGUGGGUUUUGAGUUUUGUUGGGGUUUUCUGUGCAUAUUUUUUGGGGAGGUCCGAUUUGGGCAGCUUUGACAGCUGAGCACAUUGCUACUGACAGAGCAGCAUCAGGAAUGCACGGAAGACUAUUCGUGCUCCUGUAGCCAGAGGCAGCGAAGAGGAGGGCAGUAAGCUCUCCCAGCCUUCUGGAAACUCAUGUAACGGAACUGAAGGGUUUGCUGCUGCUGCUUUCUGUUUUUUUAGGGUAAACAAGCCCUGUCUUUUUUUUGGAGGGGGAGUGCUUCUUGGGCAGAGGCGGACACAGCAGUAGCAGCCGCAGCAGCAGCUGGAUCGCCCUCCCUCCUCGGGUGUUCAAGUGGCCUCUCGUCUUGGGUGCCAGCAAGCGAUUAAACUAAUUAACAGACUCAUGGGAUUGCUAAACCGCCCGCUCGUGGAUUAACCCAGAGAGAGAGACGCCAGCUGCUCCUUACAGGAAUUCCACGGAAGACGAGGCUAUCACGGAAGAGGAGGAGGAGGAGGAGGAAAACCCAUGAAGGGGAUUUAGAAGGAAAAGAGCUACCUUGCUGACCAGUGCUGGAAUGGCGGCUUCAUCUACCUGAUCAUGUUGCGUCGCAUCAAGCGCAAGGCCCCUCUUCCUCCAUCGAACGGCAACAACAGCAACAGCAGCAGCAACGAACCCAAAGCCCGGCCUACCUCGGAGCCCAGCGGGAAGACAGCACAAAAUGGCAAAAGGACUAGAAAGUUUGGCGUCAUCACCAGAACUCCUCCUGGGGGCAAGGAAAGCAAAGGCAACAAAAGCGGCAAAGGCAGCUCCAGGACUGAGCAGGGAAAUGGACAUUGCACCCUUAUGGAAAUGGAUGGGUUGCACCCCGAGGCAUCCAGCACAGAAAGCAAACUGGAGGAUCGACUUCAAAAAGCUGACUCGCCAUUUCCAGCAGGGCAGUACCGCUCCCGCCUUUCAGACGGAGGGAUUCUAGACCUAACCUCAAGUGAACUGUCGCUGCAGCGAGAAGGUUGCCGGAUAUGGAAGAUGACCAUGAUGAAGGGAACAGAUGGGCUGGGAAUCCAGAUCACCGGAGGCCGAGGAUCGAAACGUUCUCCUCACGCCAUCAUUAUCGCACGGGUGGAAGAAGGAGGCUCUGCUCACAGAGAUGGUAGACUGAAAGUUGGCGAUGAACUGCUCAUGAUCAACGGCCACUCUUUGGUUGGCCUCUCCCAUCAAGAUGCUGUCGCUCUUCUUCGGUCGGCUGAAGGCCUUGUGUACCUGGUAGUUGCAAGCAGGGAAGGGGCAGAAGAGGAUUUUCUCAGUUACCCAUCUACAAGUUUGCCAGAUUUAAUCAGCACUUGCUCUGCUCAAGAUGCGGCUCCCUGGACUGACAAUAAAGAGAACGAAGAGCCGGAGGAGGAGGAGGAGGAGGAGGAGGGCAAAGGAAAGACUCUGGUGCCAGAAGUCCUGGAACCCGAGCCAGAUCUGACAGAUCAAGAUAACCCUGCAGAUCCUUCUGGUGCAGAGGGAUCCAAAGAAAACUGUCAGAGUCCAACUCUGGGAAGUGGGAUAUUGAAGUACAGGAGCAGAUCCCAAGGGGCGGCAACGCGUUUAGAAUCCGUAGGCGAAGAUGACGAGUUGACAGUGGAAAAUGGAGAUGUGAAUUAUGAAAUAGCCAUGAAAUAUUCCCGGGGAGGGAGAAAACAUUCUCUCCCACAGCAUUUGGACACAGGAACCAGACAGGAAUAUCAUAUUGUUAAGAAAUCUACUCGCUCUUUAAGUGCUGCGCAGGUUGAAUACCCGUGGCGACUCACCCAGCCAUCUAUUAUUUCCAACAUUGUCCUGAUGAAGGGGCAAGGCAAGGGUCUUGGAUUCAGCAUUGUGGGAGGGCAGGAUUCUGCCCGGGGACGCAUGGGCAUCUUUGUGAAGACCAUUUUCCCCAAUGGGGCUGCAGCUGCUGACGGCCGACUGAAAGAAGGAGAUGAACUCCUAGAAGUUAAUGGAGAGUCCUUGCAAGGACUGACUCACCAGGAAGCCAUUCAAACGUUUAAGCAACUCAAGAAAGGCGUGGUGACCCUCACAGUACGAACCAGGCUUCGCAGCCCAAGCCUUACUCCAUGUCCAACGCCUACAUUAUUGAGCCGUUCCAGCUCCCCAAGCUCUACUGCCAGUGCAGGACCUCCUUUGCCCGGCUGUGAAGAUGGAGAUGUUUCCCCUGCAAAUCGUAAGGGGCCUGGUCCCAAGGACAGGAUCGUCAUGGAAGUGACGCUCAAUAAAGAACCAGGUGUUGGGCUGGGCAUUGGUGUUUGCUGUCUCACACUGGAGAACAGCCUUCCAGGAAUUUAUAUCCACAGCUUGGCCCCAGGAUCAGUGGCGAAGAUGGAUGGAAGGUUAAGCCGUGGAGAUCAGAUCCUGGAAGCAGAUUCGGUCAGUUUGCGUCAUGCGGCUCUGAGCGAAGCGUAUGCCAUUUUGAGCGAAUGCGGCCCUGGCCCAGUUAGCCUUAUCAUUAGCCGCCAUCCCAACCCAAAGGUUUCUGAACAAGAAAUGGAUGAAGCCAUUGCCCGCACCACUCAGAGAGAGAGCAAGGACGCUUCUUCUCCUCACACCACAGGGAAUCUGCCCAAAAGCCCAUCGCCUAGUGUGAAGUCCAAGCAGACAGAAGCCUCCUCGCCCUUGAGCUGGACAAUGAAGCGUUUCUUGGAGCCAGGGAGCCGGCAGGGAUCCAUCAAUUCUGAAACGGAGUUUUCCCAAUACUUCUUACAAGACGGAGCAAGCCAGCUGUCACUUUCAGAGACUACAAUAACUGGCUCUAGCGAUGAGGAGCCGCUCCGGCCAAAGAGUGGGAGCAGCUCCUUAGAUGAAUGUUUUCCUUCUCCUGGUAUUCCAGCUACCAAAGAAUCGGGCAUAUGCGAUUCACCGAGUAGUGGAAACAACUCACCCGGUCCCUUCAAUAAGCAAAGGGAGAAUACUACCCGGCAUGUUAGCUUCAGCGAUAGCCCCAAAGGUCCGCGUACCUCCUUCCAGAGGCAGCGGAGACUUGCUUUCUAUGACGGUGACGCAAGCGACGAGGAUGAGUUUUCCAAGCAAGAUGGCGCUCGACUACAAAGGGGACCGAGGCCCAAAGGCCAGAGGAAGGCAGAGGGCAACUGUGAGCUUGCCAUUGCAACUUCUCCUGUCAAAGGUGGUGCUACAAACCCGGAGAGAGACCCAGGGACAAAUUUGCACAACGAUUCAGCUGUCGCUGGCUUUAGGGAUUCAUCAGACAGUGCUGCUGAGCAUGCAGCGGACUCCCCUUUCCUCCCGGUCAAAUCAUUUGAUUACGCAAGCGUGCCCGAGCUUCACCCGGGUCACCUGAGCUUGAAGGAGUUUCGGGAGGCGCAGCUGGAGUCCAAGAGAUCCCCUAAGCUGGAGCACAAAGCCGUCACUCGAGUCAAAAGCCUGAUGAGCAUUGAAUACCAUGGCAUCCCGCGGCAGAAGAACGAGGACCACAGCGCUUCGAGCAGAGCUAGCGGGAGGAUGAUUCCACAUCUCCGGAAGAGCGAAACACAGGAGAGUCCUCUUGGGCAGAGCCACCCUGAAGCAGUCACCUUGACUCGGAAUGAAAAUGAAUCAUUUGGCCUUGACCUGGAAAUCCAUGCCAUCCCCUUGCGUGUCGUGAUAACAGGCUUGCGGCCAGGGGGAGCAGCUGAAAGGGCGUCUAUGGGGAAGCUGGUUCCAGGAGAUGAGAUCCUUGCCAUCAACGGAGUCCCGAUCCAUGGGUUCUCUUAUGAGGAGGUCUGCCAAUACGUACGAGGUCUUCCCACAUCCAUCACACUGGAAAUCCAGAAAGCUGUUGCUGCUACGAACCGAUCUGCAAAUCUCCUUGUAUCUUCGGAGGCAGAUGAAGCCGUUCAGAGAAAUCCAAGCAAUAUUCUUAUGAUCGAAGAAGAGAGGAGCUUUGCAAACCACCAAGAACCUUUGCACGGGGGCAACCCCGAUUACGUGGCAGAAGGGACAGCAUUGCCAUCUGAUGCAAAGACCAAUGCAACACCAGCAGAUUCCUUUGAAAGCAGCUAUGCUCAGGACAGCACUGUGGUACCAUUGAGAGACAUGGAUGAUUUCCUUGGCAAAACACCUUCCUCGGAUGAAAAAGAUGCUAAGUGUUCAUUCAUCAGGGACAGGUGUGCCAGGGAAGAUGCAGAUGGGAGGGGAGAAGAUUCCUGUUCUCAUUCUGGAGCAGAUAUAAUUAAGAAUGACCUUCCAGGUAGGACUCUGAAUGAUGCCACUAACACGCAAGAAAUCUUGGGGUUUUCUGUCUUGGAUUCCAUUAACACGAGCAAGAUUUUCACUGUGAACCAAACCCGUUUGAGUAACUAUUCCAGGAAUUUCAGCAGUUUAAACAAAGACACCCUGGCUGGGAUGGAGAGCAAAGUGAACACUGUCCCAAAAUCUAUGUAUGCUACCGCCGAAGAUUCCAGUUCAGACACAGAAUCUGUAGCGGAAACUCCCAGAGCUUCCCCCUCGCAGCCUGCUUGUGACAAUCCCUUGGAGACCCAUAAGGCAGUUGAGUCAGACGAGGAGCGAGUUGAACUUUGCUGUCUGAGUAGCGAGCAGCAACAGUUUCCUCAGGAACAGCUGGUCCCACCUACCCCCAAAGUAUUUCGUCAUCCACCAGAAUGCAGUCCUUCUAAUGGUGUUUUACAGACUGAAAUCAAGGCAGAAAUUGGUUCGCUGGAAGGAUCCAGUGGGACAGCCUUAUUAGAAAAGCCACAUUCUCCAAGGCACUUUGGUGCAGAACAGGUGGCUCCAUCCACAGCCUUUCCUUCACCUUCUCAGGUUUCUCCAUCUGGGAUUGAUAGGUUAGAUCACAGCGGUGCAGUUUGCUCUUUCCAUGACGAUGGCCCCUUAAGGAGAGGAGAGAGAAUAAGCAUGGAAAGCAGAGAAAGGCUUGCGGGGGCAUGUGAGGCUACCAAACGAGAUGCCCAAGACAUGCACUUGUGCAUGACGAAAACCAUAAAUGGCUGGGACUGCAAUCUGCUUGACAAAGACCAAUCCAAUAAGAAGGAGCCAUUGCAUACAGAAAACGAUUUAGCAGCAGAUGAUGGCAGUCAUACGGCUGGUUGCAAUUCUGCCCCAACGAAGAAAGGAACCGGUGAUUCGAGCCACUUGAACAAACCAGACAGCCCUCCUAUGAACUGUACGUCACAGAGAACAAUCAACAGUCCCAAAUCUCCCCUUUUGACAAAAUCGAAAGAUCUGAGUAAGGCCGCUGCUGCUCACGAAUUGCCAGGAAAGAGUGAAAAGGCAAAUGCCUCAAAAUGUCCAAAUGUCAAAAUCCAAAGUUCUGGCCUGUGCAAAGUGAGCACAGUAGUCCCACAUAGUCCCUCCUCUUCCAAAAAACUACAUCAUGAAACUAGAGGGAUUCCCCAGAAGAGUAUAGCAGAAACUCUUUCAAAUAACCAACGGAACAAGCCAGGGCCAAAGUUAAAGGGUCUUAUCAUUAAAAGCAAGUCCAAGACUCAGUCGGAUGCCCCGAGUGCUGCUCCUGCAAAAACCGGCAGCCCUGAUCCGAAGAAAGCAUCCCUUCUCUUCCAGUCGUCACCCAGGCUUCUGCCAAAGAAAGGCACAUCGCUCCAUAACUUGGCCACACAUUUGGAACCACCCAGCAGGAGCCUUUCGAUGGGCUCCAGGAUUCUUCAACAGGAUGAGGAAAAUAAGCCAUGUUCAGCCGUGCCUCCGGAAUCGCCUCUUCCUUUGUCAAACGGUGACAGGAGCAGCGUCAAAGCCAGGAAAGAUAAACCCAUUAGCAGUCUGGAACUUGGCAAUUCUGGAACGGCAGAGAAUCCUGCGGAGGAAAAAGAUGCAGAGGUCACAGAUCAGGUGGUUCUAAAUAAUGACACGAGAGGUACAUCGGAUCAACACCACACAAGAGAAAACCCUUCCCAAAUUAAUACAGAUUCUGAAACGACUCUCUUGAGUAACAGGACAGAAAACCGUGGACUGUUGAAUCGUGAUGGGUGUGAAAUCAAGCCGUUGGGAUUGGAUAACCCUGAGCCUUUUAAAAAAGAGUCUUCGAGCCGCCUUUGUUCCCCUACCCAGCAACCACAACCAAGCCAAGAAAUUCAGCGGACUUUCAUUGAGGUGAGGCUGUCUUCUACCUCCUUCCCACCAUCCUCAAUGAUUCGCGAGUUGCCUCUGGAGAAGGAGGAAGGACACACUAGGUUGGCCAGCAAACCAGAAAGCAAUGUUCAGAACAUUAGGCAGAGCACCGUUGAGGAAGAAAACAUGCACAAUGCAUUGAAGCCUGUGACGAGGACCUACUCAGUGCCUACCCAGCUAUCGAAUCAUUUGAGGGAGGACAGCCAUGUUAUGGAUUCGCCGACACAUUGUGUCCAGGAUAUCCUGAGCAACGUGUUGGGCGAAAAGUACCCCCAUUCAGAGUUGGGCAUGCUAAAAAUUGUCCACCUCAGUCUGAUGAACGGCACGAAAGAUGGAAUAGAGACGCCUCACAGUGCCCCCAAAUCAAACAGUCAAGAAUUGCCUUCGACCAAUAGCAGCAGCAGCAGAAUCGCGGACAAAUUGAAAACCUGCAGGAGGAAUUAUUACUAUUAUGAGCUCAACUGGCCACACGAUCCCGUUUCCUCUUUUUCCGUGAAACAGAGAAUUAAAUCGUUUGAGAACCUUGCCAAUUUCGAUAGGCCUCUGGUCAAAGCGAUAGACAUACACUCCACCUCGUUCGGCUCAAAGCUUCCUAUUGGUAGAAGGCUGUCAGGUGGUACGUCCGCAGUUUCGGCUAGCAACAUCAAUGACCCUGUCCAGGCGCUGAGACGUAGUUUGAGUUCCUAUUGUGAAAGCGAAACCCCGGCCCCCGCGCAGAUGACAAAAUCAUCAACCAGUGCGGCAUUAAUGCAACUGCCGCAGAAUCCCUCUGAGAACAGCAGAGAUGAUGCUCAUCACUUAGAAAAGGGCGAAACGUGUGGUGCUUCGGGAGGUCCAAAUUGUUUGCCGCCAUCUACCCCCACCGUCCGAAGAAGCAGAGCUUCAGGUGGGCACAUCAGGCACGCCCCCUUGUCCCGCUCUAAGAUCCGGGAACUGCGGGCUUUGAGCAUGCCCGACCUCGACAAGCUGUGCAGCGAGGAUUUCUCUGUGGAAUCUGCACCUUCUCAUUUCAAAACGGAACUGGAAGUUGCCCCUGCAGCGAGACCUCUUGGCCUUCCCAUUGAAACCGAAUCCAGUCUGAAUGAAUGCCCCGGGCUCUCCAGUCUUGUUUUAGCAAGCAGGCAGCAUUCAAAGGACAGCAGUCCCUGGAACAGCAGCUGCGGGACUCCUGGGUCAGCCUCUGAUGACGAAGUGCUACAACACGACGCCAACCCGAACAAGACGCACUCGGGGAAGAGCUGGUCAAUCAGCUUGGAUCAACUCCUUGUCUCCACUCUGGAUCAGCAGAAAUUGCAGUCGGUUCUUUCUGCAGUGACGACAAAAUGCGACCUUCCUUCUUUACUCCGAGAGGCCAAAGCACAAGCCGAGAGCAAAGAAGACGUUCUCUUUGUAGUCUUGAAUAAAGAGGAAGGGUCUGGCCUGGGAUUUAGCGUUGCUGGAGGAGUAGACCUGGAACAGAAAUCAAUCAUCGUCCACCGGGUUUUCUCAAAGGGGGUGGCAUCCCAGGAAGGAAUCAUCCACCGAGGGGACCACAUUCUUUCCAUCAACGGCAUCUGUCUUGCGGGUUCUGUGCACGGGGAUGUGCUCAAUGCUCUUCACCAAGCCAGGCUCCACAAAUACGCCAUUGUCGUCAUCAAGAAGGAGAGAGGCGGAGAAAAGCUGUCUCCUGCCGGGUCUGAAACCUCAACGCCUGGCAGGAAAUCCUUAGUAACUGCAACAGCGGGAAGAGCAACAGGUACAAAUGGAGAGCUGGGCGAAGCCAUUUGUGUCGAACUUCUGAAGACUUCUGCUGGCUUGGGAUUCAGCCUGGAUGGGGGGAAAGCUUCAAUCUCAGGAGACAGACCUUUGCUCAUCAAGAGGAUUUUUAAAGGUGGCGCUGCAGAACAAGCAGGAAAACUGGAAGCCGGCGAUGAAAUCCUGGCCAUUGGUGGGAAAUCCUUACUUGGACUCAUGCAUUACGAUGCUUGGAACAUCAUUAAAUCUGUCCCGGAGGGACCUGUCCAAUUGCUUAUCAGAAAGCAUCAGCCUCCAGUAUGAUGGGCAUUGAAACUUGUUAACCUAAACUUACCUUUGUGGCACACCCUUCCAGGUUGUGUGCGAUGGAACCAUUACAAACGCAUUGCAAGAGCUGAGCCUUGUUGAUUCAGUGGCGUUGUUCUGUGUCAGACUGCUAAAACCAGCCAAGGAACAUCAAGAUACGUGAGCCAAGAACGUAUCCCAGCGAAUGCACCAGUGUUUUAUAAAUGGCAUCAUUUCCUCCACCACCACUAACCCCAGUAUUAUUAUUAUUGGCUGCAUGGACUUCUGUUGAUCUGAAUCUCCUUCCUGUCUUCCUCAAGACCAGCUCAUCAGUCACCUGUUUGGAGCUGCACCGGAGCAAAGCUGUUGAAAUCAGUCUUGGAAUCUGUUUUCAACGCAAGCUCCGAUCUGCCUGGGAUUACAUGAAGCGAAAAAGUCUGCCACGGAGCACGUGCAGAGUGCAGCUGCCGCAUUGCCUGGACAACCCCCGACCAAGCUCACACGUCUGGGUGGACUAUGGGUGGAAGUCAGGUUGCUUGACUGCAAAACAAACCUAUCAUUUUAUCAAUUAAUUGCUGCACUUUUGGAUUCACUUCAUAGAUGGUGCAAUAAACGGUACUUUGCAUAGGUUGGGAAAGCUUGGCAGAAUACAAUUUGCAAUAUGAUUUGUAUCUGGUUUCUUCCUGCUACGGUUAAAGGAUUCGAAUGUCCCCUUUGGGUCCACCCAACUAUUACUUGGAAAAAUGGUUCUCAACGCUCUAGGGAGACAGCCUGUGGCUCUCUGAGGAAAUACCAGGAUACAGUCUCAAGGCACAUGAAGCUACUGUCAUGCUGCAGCUAAGCAGGUCUGGGGUCUGGGGACUGCUUGGGUGCGUGACCACCUGGCAACAGCAUCAUAUUGGCUUCCAUGUCUAAAGAAAGACAUGGCUUUUGUGUGUAAGGAAAUAAGUGAUACACGUAGUUUAGCUUCCAGAUUCAGUUGCUGGCAUUUGCCAGUUCCAAGGAUUUUGGGUGCCACAGUCUCUGGACAACUGUGCCUGGGACCCUGGGGAGUUGCUGCCAGUCCGAGCAAGCAGUUCUGGGGCUAUAUGGACCAACAAUCUGAUUUUGGUAUGAGGAAGUUGCAUAUGUUCAUAUGGGAGCGGCAAGCCAUGAAGGCAUCUCAAGCUUAAGUGACAAUCUCUGCCUCACUUUCCUUGCUAAGCUGCUGGAGUUUCACUCAGUGCUCAACGAACAACACACAACACGACUUUUAUAACUGGUAAACUAUUUAUUGGGAAAGCGUACAGUACAUUAGCAAGUUUGGGUAAUGUUUUAAAAAGUCAAGAUGGUGAAUUGUGUGUUUGUCCUGGGUAUUUUUACACUUAGCAAGCUAGGGGGUGGUAUUCAACUAAGUUUUCCUCAAGAGUAGGCCCGAUGAAAUGACUGGGCUUAAUUUAGCUAUGUUUAUGUUAGUGGGCGUACUCUGACUAAAACUUAGUCAAAUAGCACCCUAACAGAUGAAACCUGCCCUGUUUUUUGUGCCAACAGGGAUUUUGUAGCUAUACCACGUUGUUUUGAUUUCAGCUGACUUGUGGGUCAAGCAUUUGUCUAUUAAAAAUGGGAGAAUGUUUGAGACAAUCUCCCUGUUCUUUUAAGUGGUGUUCCUUUGAGUGUUCCUCCUCAAAAUGGCUUGAAGCAAGCAUAUAAUUUUUUUUAAAAAAGAUGCAUUUAUAGAGUUUUCAAAAACAACAACAUAAAGACAAACAAUGAAAAAAGCAAAGAACAACUGGGUUAAAACCAGAACUGCAAGUGUGGUGUGGGUUUUUUUUCCACCAUAGAAGUGAGAAUUAUGGGGGGGGGGCGGUGGUUCUGAAUACUUAUAUGAAUGCAUUCAACUCUUAGGAUUAAGCCACUAUAACUCAAUUCACACUGGAGAAAGCCACAGAAAGCAAUAUGUCUAGGGAGAAAAUGUUCCAAACAAUUGGUGGUUUUCUAGAAGAACACACCAUAAAUUGUAUUCUUUCAGUAUUCAGAGUUUAUGAUCCUAGUUUUCAAACCUAUUGGCCUCUAAUUAGAUAGCUAGAAAAUAGAUGGCCUGGUUUUCGGAAGAAUUGGAACUCUUGCCAUGGUAAAUUUCCUCCUUAUCAAGGAUGGGAAAACUCAGCCCUAUAUGUGGCCCUCAGAGCCUCUCUCUGUCUGGCCCUUGGGAAUCUCCUCAGGCCACAACCCAUCCCCAGCUAUACUCCCCUACUGGCCCUAACUGGAAUGUUUUUGCCUGGCUGAAAAGAAUUGCAUUAACAAGUACUUUCUGGGGUGAAGUCACCGGAAGGAUAGGCCCCCCAGAGUUUGGAUAAUUGGAAGGAAACAAAAGACGAGAAAGCAUUUGCAUUGUGGGUGUAAAUUCACCUGUAAAUUCUGAGUGACCGUAUUUUCUGCUGCUUCCGUUCUGAAGCGUUGGUUUUAAGUGGUUUUCUAUACAUCUAUAAGCACAAUCGCUGCAUUUGUUGAUACAGAUACUGUGAAGGCACUUAAAUCUCAUUUCCCCAGUCGAGCCAGUGAGAUCCACACGUGGAGGCAGACUUCUACAUAUAUAGGAAAUGUGGCUGUAUCUGUCACUGCAUCACAGUGCUCACCGGGGUUCAUUGAACUGGAUAUAGGCACCCUAUUCAUGUCCACCAGUUAUUGGGGUUCCCCCUCCACCACCCAUGAAUUUUUAUGACAGAUGUGUAGUUUGAAAUUCUCUAAAAAUCAAAAACUCCUCAGAGCAUCACAUGCACUGAUGCUGAAUAUUUAAUCCAUAGUCAAAGCACAUGUCAUUCUGACAGAUAAUUUUGAUCAAAGUUGGGAGAUUGAGAUAGUCUUUAAUGUAUGGGUAGGCAAACUAAGGCCUGGGGGCUGGAUCCGGCCCAAUCGCCUUCUAAACCCAGCUUGUGGACAGUCUGGGAAUCAGCCUGUUUUUACAUGAGUAGAAUCUGUCCUUUUAUUUAAAAUGCAUCUCUGGGUUAUUUGUCGGGCAUAAGAAUUCAUUCUUUUUUUCCCUUCCAAAAUAUAGUCUGGCCCCCCACAAGGUCUGAGGGACAGUGGACCAGCCCCCUGCUGAAAAUGUUUGCUGACCCCUGCUUUAAUGUAUAGAUAGCAGGUGCGGUUGAAAAAUACACAGGUGUCAACAUAAUUUCCUUGAGAAAUUAGUUUGGGGAAGCCUUUGCCCUGAAAAGCGGCAUAUAAAUAAUACUGGAGAUCAAAUUUAUUAAAUAAUGGUUUGCUCUUUAAAUUGCUCUGUUAGCGUCAGGGAUUGCCUUAAAUUGCUGUGUCAAUGUCAGGGGAUAUAGAGUCAAAAUUCCAAAAGGAGACAAUGCUUCAUUCUUUCUUUUAAAAAUACAAACAUCUUCAGUAUUUGUGGUGGGAGAGAGAGUCUGUCUCAGGCCAUUCCAGCCUUACUCUGUGUGAUUUUAUUUUAUGUGUUUAUCUGAACACAUACGUUUGCCAGAAUGGCAUCAGGCAGGUGAUGCAUUCGAAUCUUGCAUGUUUUCUCUGUUACAACUCUUGAGGCGGAAAAUAGACUUUGAGUAGAGCUUAAUUUCAUUCCCCUUGAAGCAAAAUGAAACCAAACCAGCCUUAGGGAGAGCUCUGUGCAAGUUGUAAAUCUUACACACAGCUUGGUGAACAUUGUUAGCAUCCCUAUAUAUAUAGAAAGCAUACCAGGGAUCUGGUCCCUUAUUAUGGUCUGGCAUACAUAUGUGAUGACUAGCAAAGAGGCAGCAAGUUGCAUUAGCAAGGAUGUUGUAGAAAUAUUGCAGAUCUUCUUAUUGCCUCUCUUCAGUCUCCUAUGCCCUUCUGUCAUCUUCUUGUCACUCCCAGGCCCCAUUGAGUAACCCCAAUCUCUUGACACCACCUUCUGCUCCAAUCAGGUGCCUGCCUUCCAUUUCCUUGACAAUGUCUGCUUGUUAAGCAGAGGAGAUGCCAAAGAGAUGGAACCUAGGAGAUCGGGAGAUACAGAUUUUACACUAUUGAUAUUUUCCAAACGGCUAAACCAUUGCAAUGGGCUUCUUCUCAGAAUUGUCACUUUCCCCCAACUCAGUCCUUAAGGUUUAUUCAAACACCUCCUCCAUAAUCGAUAUGCAUUUAAAUUAGGAAGGUGUUACAUAUGAGGUUUCACCAACAGGAAUUUGAUGUUCAUCCAGAAAUUGAGGCAUAAUAUCUUGUAAUUUUGGAAACGUUUCUUUGGGAGUAUGAGCGAUUUCAAGAGCAUUACUCAGAAAAUAGUCAAACUGUUUACAUACCAUCUUGCAUUUCCUGUCUGUUAUAUAAAAGCCUACACUAAACAAGAGGAUUACGUAAUAAAAUGCUGACUGCGAUUUAAAAGUUAUGAUUAAUUAAAUUUCUAUGCUGAUCCAUUAACUUGUUCUAGAUAUAAAUGACUUGUUACUGUUGAGCUUUUAACUCGAUGUCAUAAUAAUACUUUUUGAUGGAUCGUAAAAAUCUCUGGAUUCCCCCCCCCCCAAUUCAAGCAAGCUGAAAUGAGUAUUUCAUUAUUUCUCAGAAGCUGUGUGGAAUACACAUUCUUCAUGUCAUAAGAAACCUGCCUUCUGAUGAACCAGUUUCGCAAGGAAAGAAUUAAUCAGAUGCUACAAAUCUUCAUCGUUUACAAAGAUAACAAAAUUGAUUUGUGCAGUACAUGAAAAUAAAGGUGAAAGAUGUAAGAAACCAAAAUCACAGGCCUGGUCACACAAAGCAACAAAUGAGAUAGCAAACCUGUUUCUGGAUUCUACCGCUUUAGACUGCAGCUGGGAAGGUCGUAUGACUGAUCGCUCUUCCAUACAAAAAUAUUCCCUGCAGAUAGAAAUGUAGAUGUCAAGCAAGAUGUUUGCUAGUCUAGUCAUCUCCCUGAUACCUUAUUUCUCUACUUACAGAGGUUUUUGAGGCAUUUGGCAGUGUGAUUCCCCACCCACCCAUGAUCUGAAAUAGUCCCAUCUAGACACAGGUUUAUCACCUCAUCUGUUUUCUGGGGGGAAAGAGACCACAAUUUUUAUCUACAUUUGUGUGGGGUGUUUGUGUGUUUUUUUUAAGUGUAACACACGAUUGUAUGAUAUUGUAUAUUGGCACCAUUAUUUAUAUAAAUAUAUCAUUCAUGUUGCGAACAUUUUUAAAAUGCCUUGUUGUAAUAAGAGAAGUGCAAUAAUAGGAAAUAGAGUACAUUUUCCAAAACUUGCUUUGCCCCCUUUAUGUAAAUCGGCAUCUCAGCAAAUCCUUCUCUUCCCCCUCACCCCAUUUUUUUAGUGGUUUUUUGAAAAUAAACAUGACGCUUACUAUUUC